AUGAUGAAUUCGAUAUCCAAAUUGGGGUGGAUCUUUUCUGGGGGAGGCCCUAUAGGUCAGACAGAAGGGGAUGCGAUUGUCACCAAAACACGCCUUUUCAGCGGACUUGGCACGACCGAGUGCGGGUCCUUCAUUCAAUAUCCCACGGACCCGUCAUAUUGGAACUAUUUCCAUUUCCACCCCUCCAAUGGUAUCCAUUGGCAGCCAACAGACCCUGGAAUACGUGGAGACGGGAAUGAAUUUGAACUGGUCCUUUGUCGCGACCCUGCCAUUUCGUUGUACCAAGGUGUAUUCCACAAUUUCCCUGACCUGGACGAGUGGCAUACCAAAGACGUUUUCAGAAAGCAUCUGACAAUUGAACACUUGUGGUCAUAUGAUCAUCGGAUUGACGAUGUCAUAGUCUUCUCUACCGGUGAGAAGAUGAAUCCAGUCCCUAUUGAGGAUCGACUUCGUGGCGUUCCUGGGGUCAAAGCAGCUCUGGCGAUUGGGAACAGACAACGAUUUCCAGGACUCUUGCUGGAGGUGAACGAUACAAAUGAGGCAGGGGGUAGAUUUUCUUCCCUGUCUACCAGAUUGCAAAAGCUUGUGAAAGAAGCCUUAGAGGCCGAAAACUCCAAAAGUCCCCGUGAUAGUCAUAUUCGGAAAGGCAUGAUUCUUGUCGCUGGGAAGGAAAAACCAUUUGUUCGAACGCCGAAAGGAACGAUACAUCGCAACAUGACGCUUGAAAACUACAAGCACGAGAUCGAAGAGCUGUAUCGAUCCUCCGAGAGUUUGGACCUAGCCAAUUUUGAUGAAUUGCACGUCAACUUGUCGUCAGAAACGUCACUGGCAUCCGAUCUGACUGGCUUGACUGCAAAGGUUCUGUCAGAUGCGCCUUCUUUGGGUACUGACGAUGAUAUUUUCGUUGCCGGCGCUGACUCUGGGCAAGUUCAAAUCCUCGCGAGUACAAUUGAUCAUGCGAUUGCACCUGGAAGAGAGGAGAAUGAGUCGGGUCGGCCGAAAGUCGAUGUUGGCACCAUAUAUGCUAAUCCAACACCCGGAAUGCUGGCAGAUUCUAUUCUUCAAAUCAUAUCACCACAAGAGCAGGAAUCGCGUAAAAGAGAAUGUUUCGAUGCAUUCUUGCAUAAGAGCGGCAUACCUGCGGCCGCCCCCUCUGUCGUCAAGGGCUGGAAGGAAACGAGUAGGAAACAUGUGCUUGUCACUGGAACGAGUGGAUUCAUCGGAUCGCACGCUUUGGAAGCCCUACUUCUCAGGAAGAACGUGAGCAGAAUUACGUGCAUCAAUCGAAGAUCCGCUGAGCCAAAGUCAGGGAUUCAAUCAUUCCAAGCAGGGGGUGGCUCUAUCAUCUGCGAAAGCUUACAGACAGACUUGGCAGAUGUUCAUCUUGGGCUUCCAGAUUCUUCUUACAAUGCUCUCUUGGGCGGAUUCACUGACAUCCUGCAUUGCCAAUGGGAAGUGAACUUCAACCUCCCACUCAAGUCCUUCGAGCCCAACAUUCAAGGCGUCAGCAACUUGGUCAAGUUCGCUUGUGAUACCAAGCAUCAAGCUCAGAUCGUCUUCCUUUCUUCGGUAGCAACUGUCAAGAAUUGGCAAAAACGUGAGCCUGUUCCCGAGGCCAAGCUCACAUCGCCUGAACUCGUUCAGAUGGGCUACGGACAAAGUAAACUCAUCGCAAGCUUGAUCCUCGAUCGCGCAACUGAGUUGGCCAAGAUUCCAACUACGAUCUGCCGCCUUGGACAGAUCACAGGGCCAGUCCGGCAACAGAAAGACAAUGCAGAGCACCCGUGGCCACGGCGGGACUGGUUCCCAACGCUCCUUGCCAGCUCCGUGGAGCUUGGCUGUAUUCCGGAUAGUCUCGGCCCGGCAGACCUGAUUGACUGGACGCCGGUUGAUGUCGCUGCGGAAGCUCUAGCCGAGCUCGUAUGCGGGUCUAGCGGUGUUCGGCGAUGUGACGAUGGCAUUCGUCAGUCAGAAUACUAUCAUAUUGUCAAUCCAACCCAUAACUCAUACAAGGACUUUGUACCUUUCUUAGCAAAGCGUCUUGGUUCCAAGUCGCCUCUCGAAGUUGUGACGUUGCAAAAAUGGGUGGAUCGUUUGGAGAAGCAGUCACAGAAGGAUGGAAGAUCACAGGCUUCUGGCUCCGGUGUGGGUCUUCUUGGUUUCUUUCAGGGCUUGUCAGCGUCUGUUGGUAAAGAUCCCCUCGUUCUUAAUACGACUCUGAGCGAAGAAAGAUUGCCUUGUUUGAAAAGGAUUGGUGCUAUUAAAGAGGAGUGGAUGGCAAAGUGGCUUGACCAGUGGAAUUUCUGA